AUGCGGGUCGGCGCGCUGCUGCUGCGCGGCAAGCUAGAUAUCGAACCAUGGAUGGGCGUCAGCUGCUACCCUGUGUCGCCUAGUUUCAUUGGUGGCAUGCCAGCCGUGAAGCCGGCGUAUGACCACUACAAAAUGAUGCGGCCGCAACGGCCGAUGAGGGCGAUUGGCGUAACUGGCUCGCUGCCGCCGGUGCUGUACAACCGUAUGGACCAGAUUGUGCAGAUAGAGAACGCCAUUGCGCUGCAGCGAGUGGAGCGGCAAGUAGAAAUGACGCUCUCCCAGCUCUCCCUGGGCAUCCGGAACGCCGAAGAUUUUCUGGCGAAGCAUUUGCUCGGCACAGAGGUGCGCCCGUCGAUUCACACGCUGUGGUUUCACGAAGGAGGUCUUCGGCAGCACCAGCACAUUUUGUCAACGCUCUGCGCACACCACUUGGUUCCGCUCUUCAGCCUUCUGGCGUACGAUGUGGAGCGGGGCAAGAUGUCGCUCUACGAGGCAGAGGAGUUAUAUGAGGAGCUGAUGGACUGCUCGGUUGCGCAGCCAAAAAUUGUGCAGCGGGAGUUGNCCAACCAGAUGGUGCGAAGCUAUUGUCUCCACGAUGAGUAUGAUAAAGCUAUCAACGUGGUGACGGAGAUGAAGGCGAGGAAAAUCCGCCGAACAUUUGUUACAUAUGCCCCACUCUUCCGAAUGAUUCGUGCAAAGGAGGACGCCAAACAACAGCUACAACUCUUGCGGUUCAUGUACGACGUGGAAGGUGGGCGUCUACCAAAAUUCCUAUUCAUUGAUGUUCCGCGCAUGUUCUACAUGUUCGGUGUUUUCAUUAGGUACAACUGGGUGCUGAUCAACUGCAGUUUCACCGCUCUUUGUACUAUUGUGCUGCUCUAUGUGAUGAAUUUUGGACUCUGA